AUGUCCAACCUAGUCACACUCACAGCACUUAGUCCACGCGAAGCCGUCGCAGAUGCUCUCUACCGCUGCGCCCUCGGUAUCGACAGCAACAAUCGGGACAUGUUCGAGUCAGGGUGUUUGAAGGAUGAGAGCAUGAGUCUUGUCGUUGGCCCAAGUACUAUCGAGGGCUGGACUGCAAUUAACGAAUUAUUUUCCAAGGUCUUCGUCCUGAUCACCACGCAUAUUAUCAGCAAUAUCCGCAUUGAGCUCAAGGACGGCGCGGACACGGCAUCCAUGACUGCGAACGCGCUCGCGUAUCAUGUUCGACCGGACGAUGCACUCAAGCCGGAGGACACGUCGUACACGUCGUCGUGCAUGUACUUCAUAGAUCUUGUCAAGGAUGGCAACGAUGGCUUGUGGAAGAUCAAGAAGUGGGAGAUAAAGAUUCAGUGGACUACGGGUGAUAUUGCGGUUCUUCAUGGUUGA